AUGCACGAGCAGGUGAGGAGCACGGCCAUGGGUUCGCUCAUUUCCGGACUCAUAGCAGAGGCGGUCAUGCAGCGGUUGGAUUCGCUAGUUUUCGACACCAUAGACCGAAAUUCUGGGCUCGGUAUGUGGACGACACUUUCGUCAUUCGGGGAAUGUCUAAAUGCCGUUCUCUUGGAAAUUUCAUUUACGAUGGAGGAAGAAGAAAACAACCAGCUGGCCUUCCUGGAUGUACUCGUUUGCCACAAAGAUGGUGGUGGCUUAAAUAUUAUGUGUUCAGGGAAGCAACCAGCACUAUGCAAGUCCUGA